GUUUCUUUCGAUUUGAUUCCCAGGUGUUGCCAUUAAAAUGGCAGCAGCAUCAGAAGGUAGACAUAGUCCAGAUCAUGAUCGUCCUAACAUGAGUGAUCUGAGGAUUGUUCUGAUAGGAAAGAAUGGAUCAGAAAACAGACGAGUGGGAAACACUAUACUGGGUAUAACAGCAUUUAACAGUGAAGCUCCUUCAUCUUAUUCACAGCAGCACAGUGAGAAAAUCAGUGGAGAGGUGGAGAAGAGACACAUCACAGUCAUCAACACUCACCUGCUCCAGCCAAAUCUCUCACAUCAACAGAUAAUACAGGGAGUGAAAGAGUGUUUGUCUCUGUCUGCUCCAGGACCUCAUGUGUUUGUCCUCGUACUGCAGAGUAAGGACUUCAGUGAGAACGACAGAAACACAGUGAAAUAUGUGCUGAACCGCUUCAGUAAGCAGGCCAUUAAACACACUAUAGUGCUGACUACUGAUGAAGAGACACACACAUCCAAACUGACUUUUAUGAUAUGGAAUAACGCUAUUCGUGAUUUAAUAAAGGAGUGUGGAGGAGGACAUCUACAGUUUGAUAUAGUAAACACAGGAUGGCGCUCUGAGAUUGUCAGAAAGACAGAAGAGAUAUUCAAGAAACAACAUGAAGAACUUCUCACCUGUAACAUGUAUGGAGAUAGAGUCGUUCAAUCAUCAGUGGAUGAAGAUCUGAGCAGAUCUGGAGAUUCAUUCAAAGGAAAUGAGAAAGAGAAGAAGUACUCAGAUCUACGCACAAAAACAGCAAGUGAUGGAAGAGUGUCGACUGUUGGAAAACCAAAGCUGAACAUUGUGCUGUGUGGAAGUAAUCCAUCACUCAAGAACUCUGUGUCUAAAAUGUUUAGAGGGGUGUGUGUGAAGAGAGAGGGAACAAUUCAUGGAUGGCAGAUCAGUGUAAUAGAGCUUCCAGCUCUCACUCAGCUCUCAGAGGAGGAAGUGAUGCGGGAGGCGCUCCACUGUGUGUCUCUCUGUGAUCCUGGAGUUCAUGUGUUCAUCAUCAUCAUUCCUGAUGGUCCACUUAAUAAUGAAGACAAAGCAGAAAUAGAGAAGAUUAAAGGAAUAUUUUAUUCACAAGAGCACUUCAUGGUGCUUUUCAUUACUGAACUCAGUGUUGACAAAAGUGUGUCAGAUAUUGUAGAAUCCACAGAAUCUGAGAGGAUUGUGAGUCUCUAUGGGAGUUGGUACUUCGUGAUGGGGUUAAAGGACCAGAGAAACACUGAAAAGAUCUUAAAGAUUCUAGAUGUUAUAAACAGCAUGAAGACUGAACCCUAUUCUCUUCAGACGUAUAUAAGAGCUCCAGAGAAGAGAGUCAGACAUGAACUAGAGGAGAAACUGAGAGUAAGAGACAAAGAAAUCAAAGAGUUACAAGAGAAGGUCAAGACACUGGUUCCAGAGUGUGUGAAGCUGAAUCUGGUUGUGUGUGGGAGUAACAGAGAUUUAAAAUCCUUCAUAUCAAACCUGAUCCUGAAUCAGAGCGAGAGAAGAUCAGAGCUCAGCUCAGAGUGUGUGAGGAGAGACGUGGAGCUUCAUGGACGUCUGAUCAGUCUGGUGGAGCUUCCAGCUCUGUUCAACACUCAGCUCUCAGAGGAGGAAGUGAUGCGUCAGACUCAUCGCUGUGUGUCUCUCUGUCAUCCUGGAGUUCAUGUUUUCAUCAUCAUCAUUCCUGAUGCUCCAAUUAAUAAUGAAGACAAAGCAGAAAUGGAGGAGAUCCAGAGGAUCUUCAGCUCAAGAAUCAACAAACACAUCAUGAUCCUCAUAAAGCAGAAUUCAGAGCAUCAGACAGAAAAACUGAAUGAAGAAACACAGUCUGUCAUUGAGAGUUUUGGAAGACGACAUCAUUUCAUUGGGCCAAACACACAAGUGUCUGUGUUGAUGGAGAAACUGGAGCAGAUGGUUGAGGAAAAUAGUGGUGAUUGUUUCUCUGCAGAGACACUGAUGGAGACACAGAUGGAAAAAAUGCAAAAAUUUGAAGAAAUGAAGAGAAGAAUCCAUUCAUUAGAGAAGUGGUUUCAGUCACAAGGUUCAACAGAAAGAGAAGAUGAAUUGAGGAUUGUGCUGCUUGGAAAAACUGGAGUUGGGAAAAGUUCAACUGGAAACACCAUCUUAGAAAGAGAAGUGUUUUUAUCAGACAUUUCUCAAACAUCUAUUACUAAAGUGUGUCAAAAGGAGACAGCUGAAAUCAACAGCAGACACAUUACUGUGAUCGACACUCCAGGACUGUUUGAUACUAAACUCAGUAAUGAAGAAAUACAGAGAGAAAUCAGCAACUGCAUCCACAUGAUCCUGCCUGGACCUCAUGUGUUUCUCUUACUGAUUUCACUGGGACGAUUCACUGAAGAAGAACAAACAGCAGUGAAGAUCAUCCAAGAGACAUUUGGAGAAAACUCUUUAAUGUACACCAUGGUGCUCUUCACCAGAGGAGAUGAUCUGAAAAACAAAACCAUCAAUCAGUUUUUGGGAGAACCUGGAUCUGCCCUUAAAAACCUGAUUGAAUCAUGUGGAAACAGAUUUCAUGUGUUCAAUAAUAAUGAGACUGGAGACCAAACACAGGUGACUGAUCUACUGCAGAAGAUAGACAACAUGGUGAAAGCAAACGGAGGGAGUUACUACUCAUGUAAGAUGUUCAGAGAGAUGGAAAGACAAAUACAAGAACAACAGAAGAACAUACUGAUGGAGAAAAUGGGGGAACUGAACAGAGAAAGAGAAGAACUGAUGAACAAACAUGAAGAAGAGAAAAAGAGGAUGAAGGUGAUGAUGGUGGAAGAAAGACAGAAUCAUGAGAAAGAGAGAAAGAGAAGAGAAGAAGAAUUUAGAGAGAGAGAAGAACAAUAUAAAAGAGACAUUAAAGAAAGAGAGAAACAAGAGAGAAAAAUACGAGAGGAGCUGAAAAGAGAACGAGAGGAAUGGGAGAAACAGAAACAACAGGAAAGACAAAGAAGAGAAGAAGAGGAUGAGAGAAGGAGAAAGAUAGAAAAGGAAACAUGGGAUGAAUAUUAUGAGAAACUUAAACGAGAGAAGGAAAGAAGAUACAGAGAGAAAGAAGAUCUUCAGAUCAAACAUGAAGAAGAGAGAAAAAGAAUGAAGAUGAUGAUGGAGGAAGAAAGACAGAAUCAUGAGAAAGAGAGGAAGAGAAGAGAAGAUGAAUAUAUUAAAAGAGAAGAACAAUAUAAAAGGGACAUUACAGACAUAGAGGAACAAGAGAGAAAGAUGCGAGAGGAGCUGAAGAAAGAACGAGAGGAAUGGGAGAAACAAAAAACAACAGGAAAUACAAAGAGAAGAAGAGGAGAAAGAAAGACAUAGAUUUAAUGAACUUGGAACUCAUGAGGUUCAGCACACAAACAAUAAUGAAGAUUCAAAUUCAGGAUGUUUGAGAAUCUUGCUGUUUGGGAGGACAGGAAAUGGAAAGUCUGCCACAGGAAACACUAUCCUCGGAAAUGAUGAGUUUCACAGUGAAGCCAGUUCACG